AGGAAGUGGAAGAGAGAUUGGUGGAAAUGUAUGUGAGAGAAGUGAAACAAGAAUUUGAAUCAGUCUUUGUUCCCUUCUUGAAAAUGUGCAAGAGUAGUAGUACGAAGGUUGAAACUCGGUUGCUAGAGUAUGAUGAUCCUGCAAAGGCGCUUCUGCGCUUCAUCUUCGAAUCAGGAGUUAACAGUUUGGUUAUGGGAUCAUUCACGCCAAACAUAUUUACAAGGAUAACAAAAGGUCCUGGAGUACCGUUGACUGUCUUAAGAUACGCUCCAGAAACAUGUGAAGUAUACAUUGUGUGCAAAGACAAGAUCACUACAAAAUCAAUGGAUCCAUUAAUCAACGCAGGGCCGUCGACAAGACCGCAAGCAGGUGCUUCCGCCCGCGGUUAUCUGAAAGACGGGGCAGCUAGCUUCCACAUUGUACAGUCUCAACCGUUGUCUGAUCAUCGGGAAACCAUAGAGGCAGGCACGAGGAGGUCAGUAUCGGCUAAAGAGCUGAGAUCAACAGAUUAUAGCCAACUCAAAACACCUAGUGAUUCUAGUGCAAGAGUUUCAGAGAUUGUAAGACGGCGUGGAGCAUCAGAUAUUCCAAAACUAAAUUACUCGUGUUUUGAUCAAACAAACCAACCCAAAUCGAAUCUUGAGAACAUCGUGGAAGAACCACCUGCAACAUCUAAAAAAGCUAAGAAGGUUGACAUUGAAGCAGAGGUCAAGCGUUUGAAGAAAGAGUUAGAAAAUACGGUUCUUAAAUAUAAACAAACUUAUGAAGAGCUUACCUCCACCAAAAACAAGGUUCAUGUGCUAGCGUUGGAAUGUUCAGAAGACGCUAGAAGAGUUAACAGUGCUGUGGAGAAAGAAGAAUUUCAGAAAAAAAUCGCUGCGCUGGAGAAAGAGCGGUACAUGAAGGCUGCUAAAGAGGUGGAAGCGGCAAAAGCGUUGCUUGCGAAGGAGUUUUGUCAGCGACAAAUCGCACAAGUAAACUCUUUAAGGACUUACUUGGAGAAGAAGAAAGUGAUCGAUCAGCUUUUAGGAACCGAUGAUCAACGAUACAGGAAAUACACAAUCGAAGAGAUUAUCACAGCCACCGAAGGAUUCUCCCCGGAGAAAGUGAUCGGGGAAGGAGGAUACGGAACAGUUUAUCACUGUAGCCUUGAUAGUACUCCGGUUGCUGUUAAGGUUGUCAGACUUGAUAGGCCGGAGAAGAAACAAGAGUUCUUGAAAGAGGUUGAGGUUCUUAGCCAGCUUCGACACCCACACGUGGUUCUUCUGCUCGGAGCUUGUCCGGAGAAUGGUUGUCUGGUUUACGAGUAUUUGGAAAAUGGAAGCCUCGAGGAAUAUAUAUUCCACCAAAAAAUUAAACCGCCUCUGCCUUGGUUUAUCCGGUUUAGGGUAAUUUUCGAGGUAGCUUGCGGUUUAGCCUUCUUACACAGCUCUAAACCAGAUCCAAUUGUUCACCGUGACCUAAAACCAGGAAACAUCUUGUUAAACCGAAACUACGUGAGCAAAAUCGCAGAUGUGGGUUUAGCCAAACUGGUUACGGAUGUUGCACCAGAUAAUGUCACGAUGUAUCGGCACUCGGUUCUUGCUGGUACGUUGCAUUACAUUGAUCCGGAGUACCAUCGAACCGGAACGAUUAGACUAAAAUCAGAUCUCUACGCAUUUGGGAUAAUCAUUCUUCAGUUGUUGACCGCUCGUAGGCCCAACGGGCUUGUGCACGCGGUUGAAAACGCGGUAAAGAAAGGAACAUUAACCGAAAUGCUAGAUAAGUCUGUUACGGAGUGGCCUUUGGCACAAACCGAGGAAUUGGCACGGAUCGGUUUAAAGUGUGCGGAGUUUCGGUGCCGAGAUAGACCGGAUCUUAAAGAAGAGGUUAUACCGGUUUUGAAACGGCUUGUAGAAACUGCAAACUCAAAAAUAAAGAAAGAACAAUGCAACGUGCGUGCACCAAGUCAUUACUUUUGUCCUAUCUUACGAGAGCUAAUGGAGGAACCAGAGAUUGCAGCUGAUGGAUUCACGUACGAGAAGAAAGCGAUCUUAGCCUGGUUUGAGAAACACAAUGUUUCACCAGUGACUCGACAAAAGCUCGACCACUUCAAGCUGACACCGAACAAUACACUCCGGUCUGCGAUUCGUGAUUGGAAAUCUAGAGUCCGGUUUUCUAAUGCCUUUAAUACAUCAUGUUGAUUCGUUAUUGUGGAUUUUUUCUACAACGUUUUCAUUCGGAGUUGUAAUAUUUUUUUGCCGUAUAUGCAUGUAACUAUAUGGUGGUGUGAAGUUUUAUGUGGUGGACAAAAAAAAGAAGGGGUUAUGCGGUUUGGUUUAUCUUUUGUAAACUAAUAAAAAUCAAAAAUACAGUAGAAAAUUGCUGUAAGUUUUCUGGUUACUGUAUGAAAUCAGACCUGUAUGCAUAUAGUUGUAGCAGUUAAGUUAUUUUGUAAAUGUGGUAUCUUUCUUAGGUAAGGCUAUGCCGUGAGAAA